GCUUGAGAGCAAAGGGAGUUCAAUGUCAUAACUUGUACAGAUUUGGAUUCUCAAAUGAAAGGGUUACUUUUGGCCACAGUUCGCUUAGAAUUUUGUAAAAAUGGGACAUAAAUCGUUAGCUGAGAAUAUUAGCUUCUCAAAGCAGUCUGCACAACGUUCUGCGAUGUUAUUCAUAGUAAUUCAUAGCACGAAUUCAUCGCGAAAAAACAAUCACCGUGAAGUCAAAGGAACUGAGGUUUGCCAAUCCAUUUACUUCGAUUCAUUCGCCCCUGAUCCAUGGAAACUCUUUGAAACUAAGUACUUAAUGCUGCCUGGCAGGCAAACUAACGCAAUCUCGACACGAGCAAAGCUAAAUGGAAAUGAAAAUGAAAAACCGAAUUGAAUUUACCUUGCCUUUGACUAUUUCGACACUUGUGCGGUGCCACGCCCACUUUUGUGGAUCAGCAAAUGUGCCAAGUGUUUGCGGAUACACUGGGAGAAAUAUGUAAUUGCAAGGCAUAAUACUUUCAUUUGAUUAUAGCACAUAAGCUGAUUAGGUGACUUCAAAUCCCUUUAUAGUCCCACUUCUUACUGCUGUUUAUAAAAACUAAUUUAAUAUUAAGACUCAUAUUAAACUGAAAUGUAAUAUAUUUUCUCUCUGUUUCCUGGCUGAUGGCUUUCCCUGCGUUCAAUGACGAAUGCCGACUUGGCGAUGAUGACUUCUUCUUUACACGACAUUUAAUUGAGAAAUAAUUGAAUAGGUCGCGUCAAGUGUUUGUUUGGCGUUUGGCGUUUGGCUGGCUGAGGUCUGGGAUGUGGAAAAUGGAAUACGGAUGUGCCAUAUAUGCUGGAAUAUGGUGAAAUAUGGUGGCUCCGGGGGGAUUCGGGGAUUGGGCUUGGAUUCCCGGAGAGGUCUGGCUUUUGGGCGAAAUUAGCUUUGUCAAAUGCGGCUGACAUGGGCCGUGUUGAGUGGUGCGGAAAGGUCUAUUGCAGCGUGAAAACGCCACUGCGAGUUGUUUAAUGAAGUAUCACAGUCGGCGGAGAAAGUCGAAGACCCUUCGAUGCCUCACUUCCCAAUCUCCAUGUGCGAUUUGCGAUUUCCCACCACGGAAAACAAAGCCCAUGGAGGCAGUCAAAGGAAAGGUGGAAAAAACACACACGGCCACAAAGGCGAAUACACGUGUGAUUGCAAUCUCCAGCAAUCGUCCUUCAGUUGGGCGCAGAGUGGGCGGGUCCUGAGUCCUGUAUCCUGUAGCCUGUAUCCUGCAUCCUGGGAACUUGUCGCCCUGCGCAGUCAGCCGCGCACUUAUAAUUGCAGUUGCAGUUUAGCCGAUUUCAUUGUGGAUAGAGAACUGCAUCGCUUAAUCAGGCAAAUGAAGAAGGUGCAAGUAAGUAGAUGGAAUGUAUGCGAAAGUAUACAGAAAUUACCAGAAGAAUAUUGCAUGCUAAUUGCUUUAUAAAGUAUAUUCCACAGAAACAGCUCAAAAUUGCAGUUUACAAAGGAAAGUUUAGCUGAGGAGCACAAUAAUUGCUUUUCACCUCUCCAACAAUCUAGAGCAGCAGAAUAGGUCACAUAAUUACCUAACUCUUUAUCCUACCAAUCCCGGUCUCUAUCUAUACAUCCACCAGCAGGAAAAACACCAGACACCAUUCAUUAAAUAUGAUUUUCAUCUUAAUCGCGCUGUUUACCGAAACGUGACUGUAGAUCACAACUGCCCAGUCACUCGACCAUUCAUGAACUUGAACUCGCAUCCCAGUGCAGGUGUACUCGAAUUAUGGAACAUUUUGAGACACAGCAUCGUUUUAGAGUUUUUUAAAGACUCCGAUUACGUCACACCAGAUGUUCCCGCGCUGACAGCAAUUAUAGCGGCCAGUAGACGCAUUUUCCAUGAAUUCUAGGCUAGUGCCAAUGCCGCUUCGAGAACUGGUUUCCCUAGUCUUCCCAGAGCGAUCUAUAAAACAGCCGUGUUCACUGGUGAACUGUGUCCACUAACAAACCUAAAGCUGUCGCAUACGCAAUGAAUCACUUGAGACUGGAGAUCAUCUGCUGGAGCUGCCUGCUCAUUAUGAUGGCUGCUGGGACGGAAGCGGCUUCGGUUUGGAAGCUACCCACCGCGGAAAUGGUCUACGAGGAUCUGGAAAGGUGUCGCCAAGAGGGCCAGGAAGAGGAUGCAGCCACCCUGAGGUGUUUGGUGAAGAAACUGGGACUGUGGACGGAUGAGAGUGGCUACAAUGGCAGGCGGAUAGCGAAGAUCUUUGCCGGGCACAACCAGAUGGAGGAACUGAUGCUGGUGGUGGAGCACUGCAACCGGAAGGAGCGGGACACGGGCCACCUGGAUGACUGGGCCUUCCUGGCCUACAGGUGCGCCACUUCCGGCCAGUUUGGCCAUUGGGUCAAGGACUUUAUGAGUCAAAAGGAAGCGGAACAAUGAAAUACAAGUGUGAUGGAAAAUAAAGUUAAUGCGUAUCUAA